CAGUCCUGUAGGUGGCGAUAUCCUCUGUAUGGCAGAUACUUCAAUUCAAACAAGAAGAAGCCGCGCGUGGUUUCCGGUUUGUUUUGUUUACGGUUGUCUCUAGGCGGCGGGACGCUUGAACAGAACAGACCCGGUGCUCGAGGUCAGCAGGAACAUGGCCCCCAAAAAGCAGAAGGAGAGUCAGCGGGUGAACAUCUCCAGCUCUCUGGAGUCGGAGGAGAUCAGUCUGGAGACCACAGUACCCACAGAGGACAUCUCCUCCUCUGACGAGAAGAGCAGCACUCACAAAGUCACCAAGCAGGUGCUGGAGAGGAAGGAGCUUCUGCACAACCUCCAGCUCCUGAAGAUCGAGCUGUCGCAGAAGAACCUCAUCAUCGACAACCUCAAAGUGGAACACCUGACCAAAAUAGAGGAACUGGAAGAGCAGCUGAAUGACGCACUGCAUCAGAAGCAGAUCUUUGCCCUUCGCCUGGACAGCCAGCUCAAAGUGCAGCAGGAUGAGAACAGGAAGCAGCAGGCUCUAAUGAAACAGGAAAUGGAUGCCAUUUUGGUGCGGCAGAAGCAGCUGGAGGACACCAACAGGCAGCUGUGCGAGCGGGCGGGUGACAUCCGACGCAGCCUGAGGGACAUCGAGCUGAGCGAGGAGAAGUAUCUGGAGCUGCGAGAUCUUCCUGAAGACAAGCUCUCCAUCCCUGAAUAUGUAGCGGUGCGCUUCUACGAGGUGGUUACUCCGUUAAGAGCCCUGGUGACUGAGCUACAAGUGAAGAAGAAUGACCUGAUGGACGACCUGGACAGCCAUCGCAAGCAAAUCAAAUCCCUCAUGGAGAGCUAUGAGGAUGAGAGAAGAGCGCGCUCAGAGCUGGAGAUCCGCUGCCAAAGACUGACGCUGGAAUUGGCCGACACCAAGCAGCUCAUCCAGGAGGGAGACUACAAACGUCAGAACUAUGACAAAGUGAAGCGAGAGAGAGAUGUUUACGAGGUCGAGGUCAGAGAGCUGAGGAAGAAGCAGGAGAUGACGGACCUAACUCAAACCGCCCUGACCAAGGAGAGGAACGAUCUCAGCAAAGAGAUGGCCACGCUGCAGCAGUCUGUCACCCUGCUUCAGAAGGAUAAGGAAUAUCUGAGCAGGCAGAACAUGGAGCUGAAUGUGCGCUGUGCUCAUGAAGAGGAUCGUCUGGAGAGGCUGCAGAUGCAGCUGGAGGACUGCAAGAAGGCCCGGGAGGAGGCGUAUGACAAAUACGUGGCUUCUAGGGAUCACUAUAAGACCGAGUACGAGAACAAACUGAGGGACGAGCUGGAGCACAUCCGAGUGAAGACCAGCCAGGAGAUCGAGAGCCUGCAGCGCACGUCCAAAGAGCUGUACGAGAGAGAGAACAGAAACCUGCGUGAGGCGCGGGACAACGCCGUCCUCGAGAAGGAGCGAGCUACCGGGGCCGAGAGAGAAGCUCAGGCCAGAUACGAUCAGCUGCUCGAGCAGUUCAGACAGCUGCAGGUGACCUCAGACAGCCGGGCAUCAGAACUGCACACCCAGAUGAAGCUGAAGGCUUUCGAGGCCGAGCGUGCUCAGAUGGUGCAGGAGGAGACGGCCAGGAGCCUCACUCUGUGCCAGAUAGAGUGUGAGAAACAGCAGAAGAAACUGGAGGUUCUGACCAAGGAGUUCUACACGCUGCAGUCCUCUUCAGAGAAACGCAUCAUCGAGCUGCAGUCCCAGAAUGCCGAGCAGCAGGUGAGGCUGGAGACCUACGAGAAGCUGGAGAAGGAGUUGGAUGACAUCACCAUGCAGGCUGCAGAGAUGGAAAACGAGGAGGAAGCCGAGAGGGUGCUGUUUUCGUACGGAUACGGAGCCAACGUGCCGACCACAGCCAAGAGGAGGCUGAAGCAGAGCGUUCAUCUGGCGAGAAGGGUCCUGCAGUUAGAGAAGCAAAACACUCUGCUAAGGAGAGACCUGGAGAGAAGCACCACCCACACAGGGCAGAUCUCACAAGAGCUGCAGGCAUCCAAUCAGCUUCUUCAGCAGGCUCAGCAGCCAUACAGUUACCUGAUAGAGACGGUUCGACAGCGGGACACGCAGAUCCAGUCACUAAAGGAGCGUCUCUCGCAGCUGGAAGAGGAAGUGAGCGCCCUGAAGAAAGAAAGAGCAUCUCUGCUGCAGGUGAAAAACAACAUGGCUGCCGAUCUGGAGCGGCUCCUGAGCCACCGAGAGGAGCUGUCUGCGAUGAAGCAGGUGCUGGUCAGCAUGCGCUCGCGCCACGACCCAGAGCCUGAGGUGGAGCUCCACAGCAGAGCAGCAGAGCCGAGACCCAGCAGAACAGCAGACCGGGAGCAGGACCAGUCCCGACCCAAACCUACAGUGUUUACCAAUAAAGACGUUCCUGAGUGGCCCAGAAAGCUCAAGGCGAAGUCCAAAUGACCUGACUUGUUUUACCAGAGGAACACUAACUACAAGUUUUAGUUACAGACUUUGUGUACAGUAUUAUUUUAAAUAAAAAAAAACAAACACAGAACACAUGUUUUU